AUGCCGGCACUGGCGGUACUGCUUAGGUUAAAGUACAACAUUAAGAUGCCUUAUAUGGUUCUUCAACAUCGAACAGAUGCAACUGUGGUUUUAUUGCAACGCGUGCUGCGCCACUUCUGGCUUGUGGGCGAGCAGCGACUCUAUGUGGUCCAGGACGAAGAACGCCACUAUGCCGCUGAUGUCCAUCCCGUAGACGGCCGGAAUCGCCGCCUGGAAGAGCUUGAGGUACGCGUCGGUCGCUUGGUACACGGUGUCAAACGGGAAGAGGUAGGGGUUCACCUGCGGCAGCCACUCCAGCAGGUUGCGGACGUGGAGCAGGAACCGGAAGAUGCGAAUCCCGUACACAGCGCCCAGCACAAUGCCAGCGCCGUGAUCCUUCCACGUCUGCAGCAGCACACGCUCCCACGCCGCGGGCUUCGGGACUGUUACGUGUGA